GUCGUUACAAUGAUGGCCGUCGGUUGCAUGCGCCGCGGCGGGACCCGCGCGGCGUCGUCGUCGUUCCGCCGCCACAUGUCGACAGCACAGAGACCCCUUCGCUUCUUGAUCGUGGAGGGGUACAACGAAGAAGGCCGGCAGGAGCUGGUGGAUAAUGGCGCGAUCGUUGCAUCCGAACUCUACGCGACGAUGCUGACCGCGUGCGCUGGACAUGUUCCAACGACCCAUCACGUAAUUUACCCCACCGACGGACCGGUCACGCUGCCUGACUUGAGUCAAUUCGACGGAGUGGCGUGGACGGGGUGCAGGUUGACUGUGCACCAAGCCAACGAUCCGCAUGUUGAGCGGCAUCUGGAGCUAGCACGCCAAUGCUAUGCCUUUGGCAUUCCUCAAUUCGGAAGCUGCUGGGCGUCGCAGGUCGCGGUGUUUGCCGCAGGAGGCAAAGUGGCCAAGAAUCCCAAUGGUCGAGAAAUGGGCUUGGCUCGAAAGAUUGAGCUCACUCCGGAAGGCCGUGGUCAUCCGCUGUACGAAGGGAAGACGAGAGUCUUUGAUGCAUUCACGAGCCACUACGACGAGAUCACGCACUUGCCCCCCGGAGCCAUCAAGCUCGGUCGCAAUGCGUUUUCCCUGACGCAAGCAGUUGCUGUCCGGCACUUGAAGGUCCGCACUGGUUAUAACAACACGACGUCUGGGUGUACAUCAACAGCAUGAGGUAGGGCGAGUUCUGGGGCUUGCAGUAUCACCCCGAGUACAACCUGCACGAAAUGGCGAGGCUGACGAACGCUCGCCGCCAGCGACUGGUCAACUAUGGCCUGUUCCUGGACAUGGCCGCCGCCGACCGGUACGUUGCCGAGCUCGAGGAAUUGCACGCGCACCCAGAUCGCAAGGACAUUGCGUGGCGGCUUGGCAUCGAUACGGACGUGCUCGACGACGACAUUCGGUGCAUCGAAGUGAAAAACUUCAUCAAGCACUUGGUUCUCCCGUACAACCAAUCGCGCGUGCUGGUCCGGACGGACUGAUCGACUCGCCGUCGACAGCUCGACCACCGGCAACAUCGUGGGUCCAUCUCGACGCCAUCGCGCGGGCUUUACCUGGAGCUGUAGCUACCUAACAAAGCAUUUGAUCGAACGAGACAGCCAGCCACACGAGUUGCUAGAGUUUUUGGGUGCGGUCGAGGUCGGAA